UCAGCUUCGGCACAAUUUGCUGGUGACCCGACAAAUGCUCAGGCUCUACAGGGCUAUCAACAGGUAAUGGCCAUGAUGCAACAGGCAGGGGGCUUCAUGUCAUUUGCCUAUCCUGGCAUGACGGCACCAAUUAUGCCACCCCCGGUGUCGACUCCAUCAACUUUCGUUCCAAGGAUUGUCCCUGUGCGCCCGGUAAAUUUGACAGGGAUCAUGAACGAGGCAGCGCCCUCAAAUGUUCACAAGGUGGACGAGGUGGAGCAAGAGGUGGCCCGCAGAAGGAAGGGUAAGGCUAUAGCCAAGCCCAGCAAAACUCGAGAUUCGGCGUUCAAACGCCUAGGGGACAAAGAGGAUGGACCCCGCAAGGAAUCUGAGACGAUUCACCUAGACGAGGAGGAAGCUGAAAGUCAGCCCAGGGCAUCGGCAUAUACCAGGCUCUCGUAUGAUGAGGAUGACCUGGACAAGAUAGGAAGCGUAACAAGAAAGCUACGUGCCCUGGAGGAAAAGGUGGAAGAGAAGGUGGGAGCAAAGAAGCACACCCUGGCCAAAUCACCCUUUUCGGCCAGGGUACAUGCACAAAAAUUGAGGCGGAAGGUCAAGCUGGACGUGGAGAAAUUCACUGGAAAGGAGGAUCCAAAUGUCCACCUUGACACCUUCCACAAUGUAGCACAGAUGGCCGGGUGCACUGAUGCUGAGGAGUGCUUACUCUUCUUCUCAUCCUUGAGAGGGAGGUCUGUGGAAUGGUUUAACAGCCUUCCCCAUGGCAGGAUUGGGUCUUUUGAAAAACUUGCCGAAGUUUUCCGCAAGAAGUACCAAGACAACUGCAUUAAGAGGAAGAAGUUUACCUACCUUAACACGGUAGGGCAGAGGGAGAAGGAGUCCUUGACUCAAUUCUUAACCCGCUGGAGGGACGAGGUUGACAAGGUAGAAGAGAUGGAUGAUAAGACGGCCAUGUCUUUACUGAUGAAUGUCUUCCGGUCGGGUGACCUCUACACUGAAUUCUGUAGGAGGCCACCCUCCUCUUAUCAGGAAGCCUACAAUACGGCAUGGGAGUAUGCCGAGGCGGAGGUCCUAAACAAAAGCAAGCAGGAACUCGAGGAAGGCUAUACACGGGUGAAAACCGAUAGGCCGAAGAAAGAUGACCAGAGGGGAGGGUCUAAGCCGAGUGCCACAUAUGAUGGGUCUGUUCAUCAAAUAAGGGAUGAGAAGAAAGGAGAACAACCCAAGCGUCCUUGGAUAGAAAAGUGGUGCACCUACCACCAAUCCGACUCUCACAACACGACAGAUUGCCGGAAUUCGACCGAAAGCGUUGACCAAUACCAUGCAACUCUGCUAUCAAAGUGCAUCAAAUCCAAAAACCUGAAGCUGGGAAGAACACUGCAUUCCCUUUUCAUCAAAACCGCUCUAAAUCUCAACACCUUUCUGGCCAACCGCGCCAUUGACAUGUACGCCAAAUGCGACUCCAUAGACUCUGCCCAGGCCGUUUUUGAUGAGCUCCCCCACAGGAACACUCACUCCUGGAACACCAUCAUCUCUGCUCAUUCAAGAUUUGGCCGCUUCGGACAUGCUCACCUGCUGCUCGACGAAAUGCCUGAACCAAAUGUCGUGAGCUAUAACAGCGUCAUUUCGACCUUGAAUCGACAUGGGUAUUAUAGACAAUCUAUCUACAUGUUUAGGAGAAUGCAAGAAGUAAUCUUGUUGGGUGGGGAGAAGUUGGUUAUGGAUGAGGUUACUGUUGUGGGCGUGGUGAAUGCUUGUGCUCGUUUGAGGGCUGGCUACUGGUUGAGACAAACACACGGCGCGGCUCUUGUGGCAGGUUUGCAGUUGAAUGGCGUGGUUUGUAAUUCUAUGAUUGAUGCUUAUGGGGAAUGCGGUGAACCCGAGAUUUCAUAUUUGAUAUUCAGUCGGAUGAAUGAGAGAGACGUUGUGUCAUGGACAUCAAUGGUUGUUGCUUAUGCGAGGGCAUCUAGAAUGGUGGAUGCUGAGGGGAUUUUUGAUCAGAUGCCGGUGAGGAAUGCAGUCUCUUGGACUGCUCUCAUCGCGGGGUUCGUGCAAAAUGGAAGAGGAGAUAGAGCUUUGAAUGUCUUUUCAGAAAUGCAGGAAGCGAGGAUUAGGCCUAAUGAUUUCACCUAUGUCUGUGCUCUUGGUGCUUGUGCAGAUUUAGCACUGGUAGAGAAAGGGAAGCAACUUCACGGGCACAUCUUAAGGCGUGGGAGUUGCUUCAACAAUGUGUGUGUAGUUAAUGCUCUGGUGGAUGUAUACUGUAAAUGUGGUGAUACAACAUCUGCCCUAACCCUGUUUGAGAACUCUACUGAGAAGGACAUUGUCACUUGGAAUUCAAUGAUUACCGGUUUUGCCCAAAAUGGGCAAGGAAAGGUUUCACUCGCCUUAUUCAACAGAAUGAUAGGAUCUGGUGUUACCCCAAACCAUGUCACAUUUCUUGGGGUUUUAGCAGCAUGUAGCCACUCGGGAUUAGAAACCGAAGGGCUUCAAAUUCUUCACAGGAUGGAAAAGGAUUUUGGUGUGCAGCCACAGCUGGAUCACUACUCAAUCUUGAUUGACUUGCUUGGACGAAAGAACAGGCUUAGAGAAGCCAUGGAGUUGCUUGAGAAAUCUCCUGAUGGCUGCUCAGACCAUGUUGGAAUGUGGGGCGCACUCUUUGGUGCUUGCAGGGUACAUGGGAACAUGGAGCUGGCUAGGAGGGCAGCGAAAAGGCUUCUUCUGCUUGAGCCUGAAAACACCGGCAGGUAUGUGAUGCUGGCCAACGUAUAUGCUGAAGCUGGGAGGUGGGAAGAUGCAGGUCAAGUACGCAGAUACAUGGACGAAAAGGGCUUGCAGAAAGAAGUGGCCUAUAGUUGGAUUGAGGUUAGAGAUACUCGGCAUGAAUUUGUGGCCAGAGACAAGUCCCACACACACAUGGAGGACAUAACCGAUUUGCUUACUGGACUCAUUGAUCAGAUGAAAGACGUGGGAUAUGUUCCCCACGUUGAUCACUCGUUUCUGCCAUGAAAUGGACACACAUCUAUGCGGUUGGGCAUCUUUUGGAAACCUUGGGAAUCCCAUUGUAUCUCCAUAUUUCCCCAGUUGGUAUGGUAG